AUGCAGGCGCGAUGUUCUAUUUGGUCGGCUACAACUGGUGUUCUCGGGCUAUUACUGAUAGCCUUGAAUACGGCACCAGCAACACUCAAUGUUGUUCACCGGCUGUCGAAAAGGUCCCAGCCAAUACGUCUCGAGACGCUGCUAAUCGCCAAACCGGGGUAUCAAGAUGAGGAUGGAGAAGCUACAGAGUCAUCCUUGCUCAGCUUCGCUGAUUCCUGGCAGAGAGUGACGAUCGCGAUACUAUCGGUGGUCGGAUUAGAGCUGUCGCUCGCGCUGGCAAUUGUUUGUCUGGAAACUGGUCAGAGCUACUUCAUUGUCCCUUUUUGGUUACUCUUGGGGUGCUGGGCUUUGCUCUGCUUGCAAUCUGUUGCCUUCUUUACAGAGUCCUCGACAGUAGAGCGGUAUCGGCUUAGCAUCUAUUCGUUCUGGACGAGCGCACUCACGGUCGCGGUUCCCUGCAUCGAACUCAGCUUGUUUUGGUCAGCCGGUUACGAUGUCAACCCGGGAUAUUCGCAGACAGGGCUUCUUAUCAGUCAAGUUGUGACAGCACUCCUACGCGGUCUUUGCUCCAUCCUAAUUCCCCGACGGCCGAAUGUGUACCAUGAUGGACAACUCGUUGAUCAAGAGCUCACAUAUAGUGUAUACAGUCGCUUUACCUUCAGCUGGGUCAACGAUCUCAUGAAGUAUGCCGCAGAGAACAAUAGCCUCGACAUUGACAACCUACCGAAACUGCCGUUUGCUGUUCGUGCUGAGAAUUUAUACACUCGUCUUGAACAGACACGUCAGUCCCGCAAAUUGUGGAAGGCACUCAUGCUUGGGAAUAUGCGACCGCUCAUAUGGCAGGCUGCGCUUAGCUUGGUUACUUGUGUGCUGAGCUUCGGGCCGCAGAUAGCAAUGUAUGGAAUCCUGAAGGCACUGGAGGAGCGGUCGGUGGGGCUUGGGAAUAAUCUUCAUGCGUGGUUAUGGGUGGCAGCUUUGGGAAUCGUGAUUGUCGUGUCAUACAGCAUUGAGUCGUGGUUGUGGUGGAUAAUAUCCUCGCAGCUGUGGGUUCCGAUCUAUGAGGGGCUGUCGUCCAUCAUCUUUGCCAAAUCGAUGCGCUGUAAGGAUGUCAAAGGGAUGAAAUCGGUGAAGGACGAUAGUACACCUGAUGAUGAAGGGGCACAAGAGGAAAAGGGUCGCCAGAGUAUCAUGAACCUGGCAGCGGUAGAUUCGAAGCGAGUUGCUGAUUUUGCAACAUUUAACUAUCUUAUUCCCUCGUGCAUUAUGCGACUUCUGCUAGCUGCUGGAUUCUUGGCUCAUUUACUCGGCUGGAAAAGUCUUCUGGCUGGAUUAUCUGUGUCACUAGUGAUAACUCCUCUCAAUACGUUCGUGACGAAGCGUUAUUCUGCUGCACAGCAGGAAUUCAUGAAGGCUAACGAUAAACGCACCUCCACUGUGACUGAGGUACUGCAAGGCAUCCGACAGAUCAAGUUCGCUGCUCUUGAGCAACAGUGGCAAGAUCGUAUAAAUGAAAAACGUCGGAUUGAACUCGAUCUUCUGUGGAAGACUUCUCUCUAUACUACCGCUUUGGUGGCAGUGUGGAUAUUGGGACCUUUGAUGCUUUCUGCAGUCUCCUUGACUGUAUACGCUUUGACUUACGGUGACCUUCCUGCAUCGAUCGCAUUUACUGCCCUCUCGGUUUUUGGAAACCUCGAGUCCGCAAUGGCUGGCCUGCCAGACCUUAUCUCCAAAGGCAUGGAAGCUAAAGUCAGCUCGGAUCGUAUCGACGAGUAUCUUGCGUCCGCUGAAAAGGUGCCCUAUACGAGCAACGUCGAUGAGAUUUCAUUCGAAAGCGCUACAAUUGCAUGGCCCAGUCAAGAGGAAGGGACUCCCAAGCUUCCGGAGAUGGACGACAGUUUUGUUCUCCGCAACUUGAACCUGAAAUUUCCACCGAAACAAUUGAGUGUCAUUGCAGGCAGGACUGGGUCUGGAAAGAGUUUACUCCUUGCCGCCAUCUUAGGUGAAUGCGACAUUAUACAAGGCUCAAUAGGCGUCCCGCACGCGCCUUCGUUAGAAGAACGACAAGAUGACCGAGCUACCCGUGACAACUGGAUUAUAGAUACGGCUCUAGCCUAUGUCGCGCAAAACCCGUGGAUGGAAAAUGCGACCAUUCGGGAAAAUAUUCUCUUCGGUCUACCGUACAACUGGCGGAGAUACCGGAAGGUCUUGAAGGCAUCAGGACUAGAAAAGGACCUCACGAUCUUGCCCGACGCAGACAUGACUGACAUUGGUGCGAACGGCAUAAAUCUUAGUGGUGGGCAGCGAUGGCGUGUUUCCUUUGCCCGGGCUUUGUAUUCCCGCGCGGGCAUUCUCGUGAUGGAUGAUAUCUUCAGUGCCUUGGAUGCCGAAACUGGGCGUCAUGUGUAUGAGCAUGGGCUUACGGGAGAGCUGGCGCAGAACCGCACCAGAAUUCUGGUUACACACCAUGUCGGACUAUGUCUUCCCCGGACCGACUAUUGUGUUCUUCUCGAGAACGGCUACAUGACGCACGCUGGGACAGUGGAACAAGUGCGCGCUGCACAUGGCUUAACUGAGUUCCUCCAGGGGUUGAAUGCCGAGAUGAGAGACUUACAGGACAGGGAAAUGGCGCGCGAUGCCUCAUUUAGGAAGCGCUCAUCGGUUGGCCCUCCACCUCCAACUGAAAGCCACACCCCAAAGCAAUUCACGCAGGACGAAGAUCGCGCGACGGGGUCAAUACCUCUGAAGGUAUACACCACGUAUAUGACGAAGGGGAAUAGCUGGCUGGCAUGGGCCUGCGCCAUCCUGAUGUUUGCGACCUUUAUGGCCCUCUUAGUCGGUCGAUCAUGGUGGGUGAGUCUCUGGACAAGUCCUAAGGCUGUGUCCCACACGACGGAGUCAACUACAAUCUGGGAAGAUACAAUAGAUCGAUUCAAGGCUGUCCGCGUCGACAAUGACCUCAUGUUCUAUCUCAGUGUCUACCUAGCGUUGUCAGCUGCUGCAUGUAUCAUCGGUGCUCUGCGACAGUUUGCAAUCACUUACGCAUCCCUUCAAUCCUCACGUCAGCUUUUCCAAGACUUACUUGCAGUCGUCCUCCGGGCACCCAUGCGCUGGCUCGAUACGGUGCCUCUUGGUCGGAUCUUGAACCGGUUCACGUCCGACAUCUAUACGGUGGACUGGCGGCUUGCCUUUGAUCUCGGACAUUUUGUGUACAAGGCACUAGAGCUUGCCGGCAUUAUGGUUGCUGGUCUUCUUGUAUCGCCAUUAUUGCUUGUGUUUGCCUGCUUGUUGUUGCUUUUCUGUCUCUACCUAUCCAAUUCAUACCUCGCCGGGGCGAGAGAAUUGAAGCGGUUGGAAAGCAACUCCAAAAGUCCUGUCAUGGAGCUAUUCGAUUCUAGUUUGGCAGGCCUCACAACAAUUCGUGCGUUCCACAAGACAGACGGAUACAUUCGGAAGAUGUAUUCAAAGAUCGACCGCCACGCCCAGACGGUGUGGAAUUCAUGGCUUUUCAACAGAUGGCUGUCCUUCCGGAUGAGCAUUGUCGGUGCUGUUUUCUCAACAGGAGCAGCUGCACUGGUCGUAUAUGUUCCCACCAUCCCGGCAGCACUGGCGGGCUUUGCAAUUAGCUUCGCCCUGCAAUAUAAUUACGCCGUGUCUAUGGGUCUUCGCUUCUACGCCGAGAUGGAGAUGGACAUGAACGCUACUGAGCGGGUGCUGGAAUACUCAAACAUCGAAACAGAAGAUCAAGGAGGCUAUGAGCCACCAGCUGCAUGGCCAUUGCGUGGGCGUGUGGAAGUCGAGGACUUGGUAGUCAGCUAUGCGCCCGAUCUCCCACCUGUCCUGAAUGGACUCAGUUUUAACAUGCAGCCCAACCAGCGAAUCGGUGUCGUGGGCCGCACAGGAGCCGGAAAGUCCUCACUGACUCUGGCCCUGUUCCGAUUCUUAGAAGCUAGAGAAGGUCGUAUCAUCAUUGACGGUUUGGAUGUAUCUAAGAUGACUCUUCAAGCACUCCGCAGCCGCUUGGCAAUCAUUCCCCAGGAUCCCGUUCUUUUCUCAGGAACUGUGCGAUCCAACCUAGAUCCGUUCCAUGAGUAUACGGACACAGAGUUGUACAAUGCGCUGGAACGCGUACAUCUCCUUUCAUUCGAAGACGCUAUUACACUCGCCUCCGGGUCUUAUCAUGGCUCGUCCAGUGGUAGCGACACGGUAGCAUCGACGCCUAUGUCACUUGCUGGUGGACCUUCUAAACCUUCUAGCUUUUUCACAUCCUUAGCCUCGCCUAUAUCCGAGGGUGGACUCAACCUUUCUCAGGGCCAGCGCCAGCUCCUUUGUCUCGCCCGUGCUAUCGUCGCACAACCUAAGAUCAUGAUCCUAGACGAGGCCACGUCGGCCGUGGAUAUGGAGACCGAUGCACUUAUCCAACGCUCAAUCCGGUCCGAGUUUGGACGUAACGAGUCCUCUUUACUCGUCAUCGCCCAUCGACUUAGCACAAUCGCCGACUUCGAUCGGAUUCUUGUGAUGGACGCAGGCAAGGCAGUAGAGUUCGGACCACCACGAGAGCUACUUGGAAUCGAAGGUGGUGUCUUCAGGAACUUAGUCGAGAACAGCGGCGAAAGGGCCGUCCUGGAACAGAUGAUUCAUGGGACAGAAAAUUGA